UGUUCCUUCCUUCCUUACUGUUAGACGAGAACAGCAGGAUAAAGGAAAGCCUGUGAAAUGAGGUUAUUGAGAAGAGAAAAAGAAAGUGGGAGAAACAGUGCACCUACUACACUUUCUACAAGCAGUUUGUGGAGUUGCUACACUAUGUACACAAGAAAAGGGCUUAAACCAUAUUGAGGAAGUGAAGAAAAUCUGUGAGGAGCCUUUGUCUCAGUUAGACAUGUAUGUUUAUCUCCUCCGUGCUAUCAGCUGUCUCUGCAUUCUGUCAAUUGGUAUCGGUGCAGAAGAAUGUAGCCAGGCGGUUCUAAACAGACGAGAGAGCUUUUAUGUACCAGUAGGGGGAAGUCUGUCACUGUCAUGUGUGGUCCAGCACUGUGGAGACCCCUGGAACGGCACCUGGAUUUGGAGAAAUUCAACAGUUGAUAAGUUCAGCAUUGUUGAAAGCACUGCACAUCAUCACUUGACUAGUUUGCAUCUGUCAGACAAUCAGACACGCCUUGUUUUGAGUUUUCCUAGCGUCAGCCAAUUAGACGAAGGUUCUUAUGGAUGCAAUGUUAAAUGGCACGAAGGGGAGAGCGACCAGGGACAUCUGCAGUAUGUGAACAUCACUGCAGCUCUCUCCUCUCACAGGCCAAUGUUGCACAGGGUUUUAGUUUGUGUGGCUGCGUCUCUGUGUUUUCCUAUUAUUCUGGGACUGGCUCAUUGUCUGAGUUCAGAGGUCAAGUCUCAGCCACAUCCCAGAAUUCAGAACAUCCUUGUGACCGAGCCUGUAGUUGUACACAGAGACCGACAGUACCUGAUGGCUCCUCAUCCUCCGCCUCGACGUCCUGUUCCCCAGAAACACAGCAGCGCUUCGUCUAAAAGAGCUCCACUCAAGCGCCAGCAAAGGCCUGAGGUGGUGUAUGCAGACCUUUCCCAGGAUGCCCUGAGGCAACAGGCAGCCACCAGAGAGCCUCCACAGUCCACAGUCUACACAUCAGUCAGAUUUACCUGAACGAUAAUAGUGGAACCCUCGGUUUUAUGUUUUUGACUCUUGUAAAGUAUUUUGUGUCUCUUUGUCUGUGAAAAGUACUUCCUGAUUGAAUUUUCCUAAUUUUUGGUGAAAUACUUUUUGACUUUUGAGAAUUUAAGGAGACACAACAUAUGGACUUAUUGUAUUUUGAACUAAUAAGUCAAUAUAAUUGCUGAAUGUUACUGUGAACAAGCAACAUACAACAAGUGGUGCCAGGCACAACAAACCCCGCCCCUCACAUGUAUGGUAGGUUAUUUUGGCAUCAAUCCAGCUGAUGUCAUCAUGCAUGUGGUGCUGUCAGCAAAUCAGUUUCCUCUAUAUAUGUGCCAAGUUUGAAGUAAACUGAGACAAAAUUGAUGUUUUUAUAGACAUUUGAAAUUUUGCCCCUUUAUAAGUAAAUGGGAGAAAAAAAAGAUUUUAAAAAUUCAUAACA